AUGGCGCUUCUCGUCGACAAACAUCGUCCUCGUACACUCGAAACGCUUACAUACCAUCCCGAUCUCUCUGACCGUCUCCGAGCAUUGGCAAACUCCGGCGACUUCCCCCAUCUGCUCGUGUACGGACCGUCUGGUGCUGGCAAGAAGACGCGCAUCACGGCAACAUUGCGCCAGCUGUAUGGUCCUGGCGUUGAGAAAAUCAAGAUUGACAGCCGUGUCUUCCAAACAACGACCAACCGCAAACUCGAAUUCAACAUUGUCUCCUCCAACUACCACCUCGAGAUCACGCCCUCAGACGUCGGCAACUAUGACAGAGUGGUGGUGCAGGAUCUACUGAAAGAGGUGGCUCAGACACAGCAGGUCGAUUUGGCUGCGAAACAGAGAUUCAAGGUUGUCGUCAUCAAUGAGGCAGACCAUCUGACACGAGAUGCUCAAGCUGCGCUGAGACGAACGAUGGAGAAGUACAGCCCGAACUUGCGUCUCAUCCUGCUAGCCAAUAGUACGAGCAACAUCAUCGCGCCCAUUCGAUCACGUUGCCUGCUGGUGAGAGUAGCUGCGCCGACGGAAGAGGAGAUCUGUGAAGUGCUGGCCAGAGUGGGCAAGGACGAACGAUAUCAGUCUUGUGAGCCGCUCGAGAAGAAGAUUGCGAGGGAUAGUAAGCGAAAUUUGCGCAGAGCUCUGUUGAUGUUUGAAGCUGUUCAUGCUCAAAAUGAAAAUGUGUCUGAGAAGACUCCGAUCCCUCCUCCUGACUGGGAGGCAUUGAUCGAAGCGAUAGCCAAGGAAAUCAUCGCCGAGCGGUCUCCUGCGCGGAUAAUGCAAGCGAGAGCAAAGCUGUACGACCUGCUCUCGCAUUGCAUCCCAGCUACGACGAUUCUCAAAACACUCACUUUCAAGCUCAUGCCAAAGCUCGACGACAGCCUGAAGCCCGAAAUCGUAAAGUGGAGCGCCUUCUACGAACACCGCAUCCGAAAUGGGUCCAAGGUCAUCUUCCACCUCGAGGCUUUCGUGGCCAAAUUCAUGCGCAUCUACGAGGGACACCUGCUGGGCAUGGAUCUUGACUUUGACGACUAA